AGGCGCCGGGCACGGCAAGAUGGCGGCGGCGGGUCCUGCCUCAGGCCCCGGGCGGCUCCCGGCUCGUCCUCGGCCAGGCCUCGCUCGGUUCCGGGGCUGCUUGGCCGGGGCGUUGUUGGGGGAUUGCCUGGGAGCUGUUUUCGAAGGCAGGAGCGUCGUGAAGCUGCCGGAGCUGCUGAGUUUCCUCAAAGGGCUGGAACCGGCGCCGCUUGAGGAGGGAGGGGAAGCGGCGGGGAGCGCACGUGGAGAGUUGCUGCCAUACACGGAUGACACAGCCAUGAGCAGGUCGGUGGUGCAGUCACUGCUGGCCAAGCAGGAGUUCGAUGAGGUUGACAUGGCCAAGAGGUUUGCUGAAGAAUACAAGAAGGAGCCCAACAGGGGCUAUGGGAUGGCCGUGGUCAAUGUCUUCAAGAAGCUCCUGAGCCCCAAGUGCAACGAUGUGUUUGAGCCCGCGAGAGCCCAGUUCAACGGAAAGGGCUCCUAUGGGAAUGGCGGGGCCAUGAGAGUGGCCGGCAUCUCCCUCGUCUAUUCUGACGUCCAGGAUGUCAAGAAGUUUGCGAAGCUGAGCGCAGAGCUGACCCAUGCCAACUCCCUGGGCUACAAUGGGGCCAUCCUGCAGGCCCUGGCUGUGCACCUGGCACUGCAGGAAGGGCUUAGCAGGGAAACCUUCCUGGAGCAGCUCAUCAGCCACAUGGAACACGUGGAGGCAAAUGACAAGUCUCUCAGUGAUGCCCGAGCGCUAGGGUUUGAGGAUUUACCAUUUUCCAAGCGUCUAAAGAAAAUCAAGGAAUUUUUGGAGCUCAGCAGUGUUCCCAAAGCAGAUGUAUUGUUUGAGUUGGGCAAUGGCAUCGCUGCACUGCGCUCUGUCCCCACUGCCAUUUACUCCUUCCUGCGCUGCAUGGACACUGAUCCUGACAUUCCUGACCACUACAAUGCCCUGCAGAGAACCAUCAUCUUCUGCAUCUCCCUGGGGGGAGACACGGACACCAUCGCCACCAUGGCGGGGGCCAUUGCUGGCGCCUAUUACGGGGAGGAGCAGGUGCCCCCAAGCUGGGAGCAGAGCUGUGAGGCUUUCCAGGAGACCCAGAGGAUGGCCACGAGCCUCUAUGAACUCUACUGCCAGCGGCUCUGAGCUCUGGGGCAGCACCAGGGCUUUUCUGAAGGUGAAGGGAUGGUCAGCUCUGCUUCUCUGGUCGGACCCAGUGGUGGAUCUGUGCCAUCAGCCAACACCAGCGAGCCUCACCUGGGAAGGGUGCUUGCUGCUGGGAACCAGAGCCAGCUUGGAAAAGAGGGGACAUCCCCUUCAGUCACAGAUCAGCUGGGAAGUGGCUGCACUUGGACAGUGGGUGCAGCUCCCUGAGUGUACAUAAGUGUCUCAUUUCCAUAGGAUUUCUGCUGCUUGCUUUGUCCACCAUUGUGCCAUUUGUCAUUGCAGUUACUGGCAGGUGUCUGAAUCUGCAGACAUUCUCCCUGUACUCUGCUCCUGUGUCCAGGUUGUCACCUAUGCUGAAUUAGGAUAAUGGAGUGUAGAUUUCUGGGAAGGUUUGUUGCCUUAAAGGCAGAAUGAGAAGGGCCAGAGAAGGGAGAAGGGAUUUUUUUGCAUUGCUGAUGGCUCUGUGAGAGACCUUUGAUGCCUGCAGACAAUCUCGGCUGGCUCAUUGUCCCUGCUGGGAGAGGGUGUCACUAAUUGCUGCUCUCUUCCUGGUCUUUGACCCUAUGAUCCAGCAGGCACCUGCUGCACUUUGUGCCCCCUUGCACAGCUGCUGUUACACUGCUGCAGCCACCUAACCCAUGCAUCCUGUAUAUGCCCAGAGCACCAAGUGAGAUUCCUGUUUAAAUUACAGAGUACCCCAAACUGAAACAGACCCACAAGGAUCAUAAGAGUCCAGCUUCUGUGGAGUGCAGAUCUGGGAGUGGAGGUGUUAUAAGUGUUUUGAAUGAACUCUUUUAUAUAGUGUUAAACUAGGGUUUGAAUGAUUGUAAUUGUUGGUUUUGUUGGUAUGUUCUUGUUUUCCGCCCCCCCCCCCCCCCAUUAACUGUAUUGGUUUUGGUCCCAGUUGUCUGUUAUGUAGACCCCUCCUAGUUUUCCUGAACAUUCCUUAUCAAUCACCUUAACCCUGCCCCGACCCCCUAGCCAUCAUUGUAAACCCCACCUCUUCUUCUAGACCGUUCCAUGUCUACCAUUCCUGCCUCAAUACUUUAUUGGUGGUUAUGUUACAUUCCCGCCUUCAUUGUAUCCCCAUUGGUCCUUGAGAGUGUACCCGCCUUCCCUCACUCCUCCUCCCGAGAGCUCCCAUUGGACCCUGGGUUGUCCCCUACCCUGGAGAUCGGGUCGUAUUUAACCUCUUGCACAGCUGUGUUCGGGGGCUCUCUCCUCGGGUUAUCAGUAAGGGAAUUCAGGCUAACCUGGGUUCCAAUUCCUGUUGAUUCUUUGAGUUAUCAAAUAAAAGGUUUGGCUGCUUGCCUUUUUAACAUCUAGCAAGAGUCCAGACCCUUCUUUUUGACAGAGGUAGUACAGGGAUAGAAUGCCUGGUUCUGCUGCAGUCAGCCACAAAAGUGACUUGAGCAGGAUGC